AUGAAGGGCUACCAUUUUGAAAGCAAGCCUGUGGCACACGCUGAUGCUAUCGUCGCGGGACCUCAUUAUCGGUUCACAGUCCUAACAGACCGUCUUAUCCGGUAUGAAUGGGCCCACGACGGCAAGUUCGAAGAUCGUGCCUCGACAUUCGCCAUCAACCGAGACUUUCCGGUACCCAAGUUCCAAAAGAUCGAACGGGAGGAUGAGGUCGAGAUCAUUAACGAACAUUUCCACCUGAGUUACGACAAGAAGAGAUUCAGCCCCAGCGGCCUCCUGUGCAGCUUCUCCGCCAAGAUCACUCUUUGGGGUGCACAAUGGAGAUUCGAGGACGCAGCUACUCAGGGUGACAACCUCGGAGGGACUGCCAGGACAUUGGAUGGGUGCGAUGGUGGUUGUGACAUGGGCAAGGGGGUGCUAGCUCGGGACGGAUUCGCUGCCAUCGACGAUAGUAAGUCCAUGUUGUUCGACGAUAAAGGAUUUGUCGCUGGGCGACUUCCCGGCGACCGGAUUGAUGGCUACCUGUUCUGUCACGGCCACGACUACAAGGGAGCUAUACGAGAACUGUACGCACUGAGUGGGAAUCAACCUCUGCUCCCAAGAUGGUCCUUUGGCAAUUGGUGGAGUCGAUAUUACAAAUACCAUCAGGAUGACUAUGUCAAGUUGAUGGAUGAAUUCCACCAGAAAGAAAUACCUUUGUCUGUUGCGGUGGUUGAUAUGGAUUGGCAUCUUGUGAACGAUGACCGCGUCCCUCAUGCUGGCUGGACCGGUUAUACUUGGGACGACAAGUUGUUCCCAGACCCCGGAAUGUUUGGGCGAGAGAUACACAAUCGCAAGCUAAAGAUCACGCUGAACGACCAUCCGCACGUGGGCAUCCAUCAUCAUGAGGAUUCCUACCAGGAGAUGGCAGACUUCUUGGGCCACGACACCUCCAACAAGAAUCCGAUACUGUUUGAUCCGACCACCCCCAAGUUCAUGGAAGCCUACCUCAGUAUCCUGCAUCGAAACGUCGAAAAGGUCGCUUGCGAUUUCUGGUGGAUUGAUUGGCAGCAGGGCGCUCACACGAAGGUGCCAGGCAUUGACCCUCUGUGGCUCCUUAACCACUUUCACUUCAUCGACAAUGCACUCGACGGAAAGCGCCCCAUCAUUUUCUCCCGCUACGCAGGGCCGGGGAGCCAUCGUUAUCCAGUCGGAUUCUCAGGCGAUACCGUCACAAGUUGGGCUUCUCUGGAGUUUCAACCACAAUUCACUGCAACAGCUUCCAAUAUCGGUUACGGUUGGUGGAGCCAUGAUAUUGGUGGGCACUUUGGUGGUAGUCGCGACGAUGAGCUUGUGACCCGAUGGGUGCAAUUCGGCGUCUUCAGCCCCAUGAUGCGGUUACACUCUGGUGAUUCUCGUUGGACAUCGAAGGAGCCUUGGCUGUAUCGCAAGGAGAGUGAGGUGGUUAUUGAGAAAUUCAUGCGCCUACGUCACCGCAUGAUACCAUAUCUCUACACACGCAACGUGCUGGCAUCAACCGAGAACGAGCCACUCAUUCAGCCCAUGUACUGGCUGUUCCCCAAGAGAGGUGAGGCAUAUGAGGUGCCUAAUCAAUAUUUCUUUGGGCCCCAGUUGAUCGUCGCACCAAUUGUCAAGCCGAGGGACAAGCGCACCAACCUGGGCUGGGUCAAGACGUGGCUGCCACCUAUGCAUCGACACGUGGAUAUCUUCACUGGAACCGUCUAUGAUGGUGAUAGGGAGUUGAACAUGUACCGGACCCUAGCCGAGAUACCAGUGCUUGCGCAUGAAGGCAGUAUCAUAGCGCUUGAUGCCAAUCCGGCGCCUGGUAACGGCGGUCUCAAUCCUGAGAAAUUCGAGGUCUUGGUUGUCGUAGGGCGCAACGGUCAGACGAGUGUCCUCGAAGAUCCUGCCGACGACUCGGAGCAAGUCAAGAAGGAAUCACCCGCGAGUGGAGAGCGUGGAAGUCUGCUCCAGUACAACCAGGAGAAGGGCGAAUUGACGGCGCAUGUCACCGGGCGGACGUGGACAUUCCGCUUCCUGGCCAUCACUGAAAUUCCGAAAGACUUGAAGGUGUCGAUCGAUGGCACAGAUCGCACAAAAGACGCCGAAGUGGUGAUUGAGAAAUUCCCGGCGACGCCCUCAAUGCUGGUUCACGUGCCGUAUGUGCCGGACGUGGAGAAGCCUACGAUCACAAUCUGUCUUGGUCCGGACCCACAACUAAGCGUGCUCGAUCACCGUGCGCGCAUCGAGAAGAUGUUGCUGGAUUACCAGACCGAGUUUGACAUCAAGGACCGGAUCUGGAGUAUUGUGGAUGAUCGGACGAGCGGGAUCAACGUCAAGAUUGGCAAGCUGUUAAGUUUGAGCGUGGAUGAGCGCUUGACAGAGCCCGUGGCUGAAUUGUUGCUUAGCGAUGCGAGGGGAGCGCAUUUGUAG